AUGUCUGAUGGCAUCACACAGUUUGCAAUGGAUAUGUUCCGAGUUCUUUCCCUAUCCCAGAAAAAUGAAAACAUUCUCUGUUCUCCUCUGGGAGCUUCCUUGGUUCUUGGAAUGGUAAAUUUAGGAGCAAAAGGAAAGGCACGUCAUGAGAUCAGACAACUUUUGAACCUGCAAGGAAAUGACAGUGAAGCCUUCCUGCCACUCAGGACACUGUUGGCUGUCACCUCAGAAGGAAAGACAUUUACAUUUAAUCUUGCCAAUGCCCUCUACCUUCAAGAAGGAUUCAUGGUGAAAGAACAGUAUCUCCAUAGCAACAAGGAAUUUUUUCAGACAGUUGUAAAGCUGGUGAAUUUCCAAGAUACAAAAGCUUCUGCAGAGAACAUAAGUACUUGGGUAGAAAACAAAACAGAAGGUAAAAUAAGAAAUCUUGUUGCAAGCGAAGAUCUUGGUCCUCUGACCAGACUUUUGCUGGUGAAUGCCCUUUACUUCAAAGGGGAAUGGAAGCAAACAUUCAAAGCGUCAGACACCAGUUUGAUGGCUUUCAGAAAGAGUGAUGGUUCCGUAACUGAGAUACCGAUGAUGCAUCUUCAGCUGACAACCAGUCUUGGGCAAUUUUCUGACCAUAACAUAAGUUACCAAGUUUUGGAGCUGCCAUACAAAGGAGAAGAAUUCAGUUUUGUUCUAAUCCUUCCUGCUGAAGAUGUGGCUAUAGAAGCGGUAGAAAAACUCAUUACGGCUGAGCUGAUAAAAGACUGGUUUGCUGGGAUGGAAGAGGUUGACGGGGUAGAAAUCAGCCUUCCAAGGUUUAAAAUAGAGCAGACAGUGGACUUGGAAGAAACUCUUCAGCAUCUCAACUUUACUGAGAUAUUUAAAAAUGGAUGUGACCUUUCUGGAAUAACAGAUGCUGCUGAUGCACACAUUUCUAAAGCCAUUCAGAAAGUCUGCAUUGAAGUAAAUGAAGACGGCAGUGAAGCUGCAGCAUCUACUGGUAUGCAUGUUGCGGUCAUCAUGAGCAUGUCCCACCGCCAGUUUGUGGCUAACCGACCAUUCUUAUUUCUCCUGAAGCAUAACUCAACAGGGUCCAUUGUAUUUAUGGGAAAGUUUGCAAAUCCUGACAACCAGAUGAAAAAGGGAAGAGAUAUGGAAUCUCUGUAA